AUGUUCAGGUUGUUGUCUGACGUCACCCGGAAGCGGUGGAUUGGGGGCGGAGCCCAGCAGAAGAUGGCUUCCCUACGCUGUAGGCGAGAUCCCUGCGGGGUUAUCUGCCUGAUUUUAACUUAUUUCAGCGUCUUUUACGCGGACUAUGUGGUCAUACAGUAUGUCCUUAUCCCGGCCUACUCUGACAGUGUGUGGUGCACGCUCCAUGGGUCCGUGUUCAACCUGAUUCUGCUGCUGCUGCUGGCCUGCCACUCCAAAGCUGUCUUCUCCGAUCCUGGUAUGGUGCCUCUGCCCGACACAGCCAUAGACUUCUCAGAUCUGCGCUCCCAGUCAUCUCGAAUGAGCGAGCGGGGUUGCGAGGGCUGGACGGUCUGCAGUCGCUGUGAGACCUACAGGCCCCCCCGAGCGCACCACUGCCGCGUCUGCCAGCGGUGCAUCCGCCGCAUGGACCACCACUGCCCCUGGAUCAACAACUGCGUCGGGGAGCUAAACCAAAAGUACUUCAUCCAGUUCCUCUUCUACACGGGCGUGGCCAGCCUGUACUCCCUGGUGCUGGUGGUGUGGGCCUGGGUGUGGCGGAUACGCAGCGAAAAGGAAGGCGAGGCGGAGAAAGAGGGCGAGGAGUCUGCCGGCAAACGCCUGAUAGUAGCUCAUUACAUCAUCCUCCUGGUGGAGUCGGUCUUGUUCGGGGUCUUUGUCAUGGUCAUCUUUUACGAUCAGCUGGUCUCCAUCAUCACCGACGAGACGCCCAUCGAGCAGAUGAGAAACAGGCUGAUGAUCAAGGACAGGUCUUCCUCCCCCACAUCCAGCUCGCCCUCCUCCGCCUCCCCCCAGCCGCCGCCCCACCUCCCGCACACCCGCAAGCCCAAGCUGGCCCUGCUGCGGGAGGUCUUCGGAAGAGGUGGGCGGCUCUGCCGGCCGUCGCUCAAAUUCCCCGCUCCCCGGAGCCCCAAACCCGCCUCAUCCCUCUCCCGCCUCUCUGUCCACUCAGGUUCGGUGUUUAGCUGGCUGCUUCCCCUCCACUCCAGCCCCCCGUCGGUAGGUGGCAUCAUCUACUCCGCCCUGCCGGACUACGACGUCUGA